UUGUUUGUUGCAUCAGUCGUAGUUACCAUCGGUGUGUGGCCUGAACUUUGCCUCCUUGGUUUCUGCUGCAAACGUAUAACAGAGAAAAGUCUCCAGGAUGUCGGAUUUAAAGGAGCUUUGCAGCGGUCUACCCCUGGAUCCUUUGCCACCAAACCGAGGAAGAGAUCCAAAUGUGCCACACGCUCCGGUCCGGACUCCUGACCUCACAGCUGAGGAGAAACGACUGGCACUGAGAAAUGCUCUGCGCUACUUCCCACCAUCCCACCAUUCAACUCUUGCAUCUGAAUUUGCUCAAGAGCUCCGGCAGUACGGACAUAUCUACAUGUACCGCUUCUGCCCGGCGGUGCGGAUGAGAGCCUAUCCAAUUGAUCAGUAUCCAUGCCGCACACGACAAGCAGCAGCCAUGAUGCUAAUGAUCAUGAACAACCUGGACCCAGCUGUUGCUCAGUUUCCCCAGGAGCUCGUCACAUAUGGAGGGAACGGGCAGGUGUUUAGUAACUGGGCCCAGUUUCGCCUUGUGAUGCGCUACCUGAGUGAGAUGACUGAGGAGCAAACUCUGGUCAUGUACAGCGGUCACCCCAUGGGCUUGUUCCCCAGCCUGCCUUCCUCUCCUCGGGCCAUCAUCACUAACGGCAUGGUUAUUCCAAAUUAUUCCUCCAGAGAACAAUAUGAGAGGAUGUUCGCUCUUGGUGUGUCAAUGUAUGGCCAAAUGACAGCAGGCAGUUACUGCUACAUUGGACCCCAAGGAAUCGUUCAUGGCACAAUGCUGACUGUGCUAAACGCAGGUCGGAGGUACCUGGGCACCGAUGACUUGAGGGGCCGCGUCUUCGUGACGUCAGGCCUCGGGGGAAUGAGCGGCGCCCAGGCCAAAGCGGCUGUCAUCGCAGGCUGUGUCGGAGUGAUUGCCGAGGUGGAUGAAGCUCCACUGAGGAAGAGACAUGAGCAGGGUUGGGUCAUGGAGGUGACCAGUAGCUUGGAGCAAUGCAUCAAACGCAUCCGAGAAGCGAGGAACUCCAGGACGCCCCUCAGUUUGGGAUACCAUGGGAAUGUCGUAGACUUGUGGGAGCAACUGCUGCUGGAGUUUGAGAGGACAGGGGAACUCCUGGUAGAUCUGGGUUCAGACCAGACGUCGCUGCACAACCCCUACAACGGGGGCUACUACCCCGUCCAACUCAGCUUCCGCCAGGCCAACCAGCUCAUGUCCACAGAUCCUGGACGCUUCCAGAGCAUCGUCCAAGAGAGUCUCAGAAGACACAUAAAGGCCAUCAACAAGUUAUCAGAUGCAGGUAUGUUCUUCUGGGAUUACGGCAAUGCAUUCCUGCUGGAGGCCCAAAGAGCAGGUGCAGAGGUCAGCAAAGUUGGUGGAGGAGCAACCGAGUUCCGGUAUCCGUCGUAUGUCCAACAUAUUAUGGGGGACAUUUUCUCUUUGGGGUUUGGGCCGUUUCGCUGGGUUUGCACAUCUGGUGAUCCACAAGACCUGGCCGUAACCGACGACAUCACCGCUAAGGUGCUGGAGGAAAUCGCUGCCAACGUGUCGGAACAUGUAAGGCAGCAGUACAGAGACAACAUCCGCUGGAUCAGGGAGGCUGGAAAGCACAAAAUGGUUGUUGGAUCUCAAGCUAGGAUUUUGUACUCGGACCAGAAGGGAAGAGUGUGCAUUGCUUUAGCCAUAAACCAGGCUGUUGCUGACGGAAGAGUCUCAGCUCCGGUGGUCAUCAGCAGAGACCACCAUGAUGUCAGCGGCACAGACAGCCCCUUCAGAGAGACCUCCAACGUGUACGACGGCUCUGCGUUCUGUGCAGAUAUGGCCGUCCAGAACUUUGUUGGCGAUGCCUUCAGAGGUGCCACUUGGGUCGCUCUGCAUAAUGGCGGCGGUGUUGGCUGGGGAGAGGUAAUAAACGGAGGAUUCGGUUUGCUGCUGGACGGCUCCGACGAGGCGGCAAAGCGCGCCAGGUUGAUGCUCAACUGGGACGUUUCCAACGGGGUGGCUCGUCGCUGCUGGUCUGGAAACACAAACGCCUAUGAGACGAUCCAGCGCACCAUGGAGGAGAACAGGCAGCUCCGCGUCACCAUGCCAUUCCCAGUGCAGGAUGAACAUGUGCUGGACCGAGCCCUGCAGGGAUGACUGGUGAUGAUUUUACCUAGUUAGACACAGAGAGCAGAGGAAGGCAGUAGCUAUAUUUACCACAAUGUAUUUAUCAAAAUGAGGCCUGGCCUCACUCAGUGGUAUGAAUUAUACAGAUUAAGAAGAAUCACCCAGUGUUCAUGUCAUGAUUUGGAAAUGUGUGUGUUAUAAUAAUGUCUGUUUUUUUAAAAGGUUUUAGUGGCUCUUGUGGCCUUUAUUUGAUAGUUAAUUGACAGGAAAGUGGGUAAUGAAAGAAGGGGGAAGACAUGCAGCAAGGGUCACCAGGCUGGGAAUCAAACCCUCGACUGGCUGCGUCGAGGACCAAGGUCUCCUUAUGUGGGCUGUGCUUAACCCCUGCACCACCACAGCACAUCCCAAUAAUGUCUGUUUUAAAGAAUGAGAUAGAACUACAAGAAGUGGCAAACCUGCACUGAUCGUUUGGUUUCCAACUUUUGAUGGAUGGACCAUCAAUACAAUACAUAUUGAUACUAAUAUAUGUAAUUAGGAUGGUCCAUGUAGAGGGGAUGGAUAGAUAAAGUCACCCACAAAAUAAACUGGACAUCUUUUAGGAAAGGCCAAUAUAUAGAGGGAAGGUUCAAUGCAGUUGAACACUUUUGUCAUGUUUGAGCUCUUUUUUCUAUUUUUGUGCUGCAAAUUAAUAAAUAAAAUGUUUAUUUUAAUAUUAAAGAUUUAAAUGGCUUUGUGUCUCAUAGUGUCGUAAUCUAAAUGUCAUUUACUUGUGGUGAACCGUGAAUAAAACAAGAUGUUUUUCCCCCGUCUAAGUAAAAACAGCCUUGUACCAAUAAAAAGUUUAUGAGUAAGUAAGAAA